AUGAGUGGUGUCAUCGGUGGGAAGUAUGGCCCGUUUCAGAGUGAUGAUGCGAUGCACUAUGCUGCCAGGCUGCAUGAGAAGUUCAACAAAUUCGAGGUGCAGAUGAGGGGUGUCCUUCCGGACUUCCUUGGAACCGACUACUCUGAAAGGUGUAAAGAAGCUUUGAAAGAGGUGGCUGGGAUUUCGCUCCCAAACAUGUUUGACCAGGCUGUGGUGAAGCAGCUUGUCCAGGAGGUGGUGGACAGUGUUGAAGGGCCGUGCUUGCUCCUAGUGAACGACUGUUUCGCCUAUGCAACCGAGGUGCAGCAGGCUGUGGCAUCACACAUCUGUGGGAUUUACCCUGGGCUGAACAACGUGGCUCACCUUCAAGGCCUCCAUGCCCUGAGGAAGGCUAAGGAGUCAGCAAGCCGUUUCAUUCAAGACAUGCUGACUAAGGAGAAGAAGGUGAUCUUUACGCUCAACCAUUACUACAUGGACACGGUGUCUCAAAUCCAUGUGAAAAUGGCCGAAUACAAGAAAGGGCAGCCUGGUAGCUCGGAGCAAGGCCCCCCUCCUAUUCCUUCUAUUGGAGACUUCGCCUCCAGCACUGCUUCACUCGCCAAUCUGAUAAGCAACGACGACCAGGCUGCGAGGGAUCUUCAGAUCAACAUGUUUUCUUAUGCCAAGGUGAUGCACAAGAGGUUGUGUGAUGUGAUCCCCAUGGAGAUUCGGAUGUGCCUUGAGAAUGCUCUCCUGGAUGGCAUUGAUGGUGCUGUGUGGCGGGAGAUUCAUGCUGGAGACAUAUCUAAGAUAGCAGCCCUGAAGGCUGUUGAUCAGCAGCGUAGGGCUCGACUGGAGGAGAGCAUAAAACGGCUGAAGGCAUCUGAAGCCACGCUGCUGUCACUCGCAUUUGAUGUUCCUGGUUUGCUAGCCUAUGCUCCCUUCCAGUUGCGCCCAUCCCAGUUCCCACCACCCCCAGCCAUCAACCUCCAACCGCCGCCUUGUGGCGCUACGAGCAGAAGCUGCCACGUGUCCAACUUCUUCCCCGUCCCUCCGCCCACAGCGCGCCAACACCUAUCCAGAUCCGCCCGCGCAUCCGCUCAUUCUUCCCCCGCGCGCCCGCUUCCCCCGCUCGUUGGCUGUAGCGCCGCUCCCCCACCCCAUCCACCUUCUACUCUGUUUCACUCUGUUGCCCCUCCCUCCUCGCACAUCCCUCCUUUCUCGAAAGGCCCUUCAAACCCGGAGAACCGAGCAGCAGAAUACGCAGCAGCAGCAGCAGCAGCAGCAGCAGCAGCAGCAGGAGCAGCUUCAGGGGUAAUCUCAGGAAGUAACAGCAGCAGCAGCAGCAGCAGCAGCAGCAGCGCCAGCAGCAGCAGUGACAGCAGCAGCAGCAGUGGCAGCAGUGGGGGAGCCAGCGGGGGGGCGGGGCUGUACCGAGUGCCGGUGUCGGGGGGCGUGCAGAGCGCCACUGCCUCCCACGGGCUGCCCUCGCCUGCUGUUGCCGUGCGCAACCUCGUGGAGCAGGUGAGACGGUGGUGUGUGUGGGGCCAGGUGGUGUGUGUGAGGAAGGUGGUAUGUGGGGCAGGUGGUAUGUGGGGCAGGUGGUAUGUGGGGCAGGUGAUAUGUGGGGCAGGUGGUAUGUGGGGCAGGUGGUAUGUGUCUCGCAACCUGGUGGAGCAGGCGCGCUUCGCCCAUCUGUGCAGCAUCAUGUCGCGCAUGCACCACCGCCGCAAGGGCUACCCGUUUGGCUCGCUCGUCGACUUUGCCACCGACGACGAGGGCCAUCCCAUAUUCCUCCUCUCGCCUCUCUCCAUACACACGCGCAACAUGCUUGCAGACCCUCGCUGCACUCUUGUUGUUCAGAUCCCAGGGUGGAGUGGGCUGGCCAACGCACGGGCCACCAUAUUUGGAGACGUGUAUCCGGUGCCGCCGUCCCAGCAGCAGUGGGCGCAGCGCUUCUUUGCCCGCCGUCACCACCACGGCGCCGCCCAGAUGUGGGGCAACUUCAGCUACUACCGCAUGCAGCAGAUCUGUGACAUCUAUUUCGUGGGCGGCUUUGGCACGGUGGCGUGGAUUGAUGUGAAGGACUACCUUGCUGCCACACCGGAUGCCAUCGUGCUGCAUGACUCUGAGGCCAUUCUGCAUGAGUUGAACGUACGGCUGGGAUCGGAUCUGAAGCGCCAGCUGGCGUCGAUCCUGCCGCAGCCUGUGGACGAUGCACUGUUCAUCAGCAUCGACGGCAAGGGUGUUGACAUCCGUGUCCGGCAUGGCGCUAAGUUCAAUGUGCAGCGGCUGUCAUUCAGUGCAUCAUCGGAGGUGCGGGACACAGAGGAGGCCGUGGCAGCGCUGCACCAGGUGCUUAGCCAAGGCGUCACCCCUCUCUCCAACGGCAUGCUGCAAUAA